CGGAGAUUGAUUCGCGCCGACGCAUGCUGCAGCGGUACAAGCUCACAGUCGAGUACCUCGGCAGCGCGUACCGUGGCUUCCAAGCGCAGCCCGAAGCCUGCGGGCCCACGGUGCAGGUCGAGCUCGAGAAGGCGCUGGCGCUGCUCAUGGGCUCGCACGAUCGCCUCUCGCGCGUCGUUGUCUCGAGCCGCACGGACGCCGGCGUCCACGCAGUGGCCAACACAGCGCACGUCGAUCUGCACCGCGCAGAGCCGCACCCGCCGCACGUCGUGCGCAACGCCAUGAACGCGUUCUUGCGCCAGCGCAACCAGGCCAUCGUGGUCCGCGACGUCGACGUUGUCGCCAACGACUUCCACUCUCGCUUUGAAGCAAUCGGUCGCGACUACAUUUACCAGAUCCACAUGCCCAACACCGAGUUCCGAUAUGCGCUGCCAGGUCGCCUGCCCUCGUCACUCUUCACGCGCGACCUCUCGUGGCACGUCGAGCGGCCGCUGGAUCAAGCGGCCAUGGCCGCCGCGUGCACCCAUUUUCUCGGCGAGCACGACUUUACGAGCUUCCGCGGCGCGCGAUGCCAAGCGCUCUCGCCAAUUCGAACGCUCUCGACGCUCGGUAUCGAGACGAUUCCUUCGCACGGCGGGAACGAGCUCCACGAGAACGAUGCGAUUACGCUGUUGCACGUCAAGGCAUCGGCGUCGUCCUUCCUGUACCACAUGGUGCGCAACAUCGUCGGCGCGCUCGUUGACGUCGGUAUGCACAAGCUGCAGCCAGAGGACAUUCCGCGUCUCUUGGCCGCCAAAGAUCGGUCGGCGGCGCCGGCGAUGGCCCCUGCCCACGGCCUGUACCUGCGGCGAGUGCUGUACAAGCCGCCUCCAUCCUUGACGCUCAGCACCAGCGGUUAAGGACGGUGAAUCGAGAUAGAGACCGUGCAUCAUCGA